CUACUGCGCAUGUGUGUCAAAGAGAAUGGCACACCCGGCAUGAGAACGUGUGCACUGUUGUUUUCAGAUAAAAACCAGAACAAACAACCAAAACGAUUAAUCGACUAGCAAAUUAGUUGUCGACAAUUUUAAUUGUCUAUGUAGUCGCGACUAAUCGAGGCAGCCCCAUUCUUCAUAUAGGCCACUAAAAAACUGAAAACAUCCCCCAAAUAUACAACAAAACCACUAAACCAGAGGGACAAAACCCAGAAACAAAUAAACCUGAGAAGUAACUAAGGCAAAACGAUUAAUGAAAGGAAGAACAAAAAACAAAGAAAGAAAACCAGGCUAGAACAAAGGCUUUUAAGGCCAAGACCAACAGUAGGGGCAAGCUGAGAAACCAGAUUCCUCCCAAGUAGCUGCCACUUUAUACUUCUCCUGAUGGGGUGGAGUCAGGCAGCAUGGUGAGAAGGCCUUUGCAGAGGACAAACAUACCAAAAACAUACCCCAAAAGGCCUCGGGCCGUAAGACCAAACUUUUAGGUUUUGCAAAAACUUUCUAAAUGCCUGUUUAGAGGAACAGUGUACACACUGCGGCUCAGAAACCAUCCAAAGGUUAGAGAGGAGGAUCUGCACAGGCUGAGAUAAAGACAUGGUUCAGUCAAAAGUUUUCUUUAGUCGACCGGCCUCUCCUUCAAAGUUCAGAUUGAAAUUAUUCUUAUGCCUCCGCCAUCAGAGAAAAAAACAAAGACUCUGGAUUUGCUAAGUGUGUGACUUACUUUGUGUUGUGGGCUGCAGACUUUGUGGGUGGUUAUCCAGUCAUGCUGAAUGCAGCUGGCUGCACCCAUGCAGUCCUGAUUUGGUGGGUUCUGGUGAGUUUGCAUUGUGUGAUGAUGGGAAAGUUUGAUCAUUGUGAGGGUAUAGGAAUCACUGGAUGGAACAUCUGUCCAAGUAGAAAAAACAAUCUCAGAUUUUCUGUGCGGGUCAGAUGCUCUUCACAACUUCUCCUCACAAAUCUGUCUCCAGCCCCACCCCUGUCCAUCAAUCGCUUCUUUCAUCUCAGUCUUCUCAUUAUUUUCCGAUGUUUUUUUUUUUUUUUAAACUCAUCACUAAACGAGGCUUUUCUUUCUCCCACCACCCCUCCGCCGUUACCCCUGAAAACUGGAAAAUCAGGACAGUUCAGCAGUGGAGGGGUUAAGAUGAACCCAGCCUUGUGAUUGGCUGCCUGCCGGCGGUCGGAACCAUCCUACAGAGAGAAGUAACCAGGCAACCUCAGUGAGGGAGAGGGAAGAAGAGGGGCCGGAGGAUUCGGGAGGAAAAGUGAGAAAGGAGGCGCUGAGAGGAGCCGGGCAUAGUUUUGGAGGAAGAGUGUGAGGAUGGAAGGAGGCGUGGAGGCGCUCCCCCCGGGAUGGGAAACGGGAUUACUGUCUGUGGAUGUCUGAAAGGAAGCGGAGGAGAUUCUUCAACCUUUUGCUCGAAAUGGGGACUAAGUGUGCCGGAUUUGUGUGCAGCGCAAAGAUCUCUGUGGGUCUGUGUGGGAUGUUGUCUCAGGGCUGAACCCCAUCACUCUCCCAUGAGCCUGUGUGCCCACGCACACACACCCAGCACCUUGACGCACACACACGGUGCCCACGCGCCUGCAGCCUGCAAAGACGAAGUGAACUGGACUCUGGGAAGCCCGGCAGAUCACAGCCGAGCCAAGCAGAGUGGAGUCUAGCCCACUUGGAGUCUGAGGAUGUCAACAGAGACCGAGCUACAGCCAGCGGUCGGGCCCAGCAGCAUCAGAUGGGACUCCAAGAGGAAAGGGCAGGAUCGCAGUGAGGCAGCUCUCAUCAGGAGGUUUAAGGGGGAUGGAGUCCGCUACAAGGCCAAACUUAUCGGCCUGGACGAGGUCACUUCCGCCCGUGGAGACAAACUCUGCCAGGACUCCAUGAUGAAGCUCAAGGGAGUUGCUGCCGCUGCCCGCUCCAAGGGAGAACACAAGCAGAAGGUGUUUUUGACCAUUUCCUUUGGCGGGAUCAAGAUCUUUGAUGAGAAGACAGGAGUCCUCCAACACCACCAUGCAGUCCAUGAGAUCUCCUACAUCGCCAAGGACAUCACAGACCACAGAGCCUUUGGCUACAUCUGCGGGAAAGAGGGGAAUCACCGCUUUGUGGCCAUCAAAACCGCACAGUCGGCGGAGCCUGUGAUUCUGGACCUGCGGGACUUAUUUCAGCUCAUCUAUGACAUAAAGCAGAGAGAGGAGAUGGAGAAGAAGGCCCAGAAAGAUAAGCAGUGCGAGCAGGCGGUCUACCAGACAAUCCUAGAAGAGGAUCUGGAGGACCCUGUCUACCAGUACAUUGUGUUUGAGGCGGGACACGAGCCCAUCCAUGACCAAUCAGAAGAAAGCAUAUAUCAGGUUCCCACCAGUCAGCAGAAGGAAGGGGUCUAUGACGUCCCAAAGCGACACCCAAAUGGAGCUAAAAAACCUUCCCACCAUCUCCAUCAUCACCAUCUGCAUCAUUAUCAUGAGAAAACCCUCCAACAAGAGCAGAGUCAGACACAGCUGAGGCAGGAGCCAGUUAAAGAACUGAUAGACUUAGACCUGGAUUUGGUGACUCAGAACAUCAGCCAGUUAGAAAUUUUUGGAGACAUGUCGACGCCGCCUGACAUCACCUCCCCAUCAAGCCCCACCUCCCCUGCCAAUACCCUUGACCUCUCACAAGGCCUUCAGGCUCCCGCCGAGCUGUUUGCACCUUUCAACCCAGCAUCUGUGCCCUCAGGUUAUGUCACGAUGGGGACAGUCCCUCCAGGCCAUUGGUCCCAGCAGGCGUUCACGGCACAGACCCCUCUGGCUUUUGGUGUCCAGUCUCCACUCGGCCCUGUUGCCCAAGUGCUGCCGAGCGGUCAACCUCUCAUCUGGGGACAGGCCAACAUCUUCCCCACCACCCAGCAGCAAUGGGCAGCCAUGGCAGCCGGGGCCUUCCCCCCUACAGCCUACCUCCCUGCCCAGCCUGUGGGUACCUUGCCUGCUGCCAUGUUCCAGACCUUGACUUCCAUCACGACUCUCCCUCCUGCUGGUGAAAGUCAUUCCGCUGCUGGAGCCAGCGCUUCCGUCCCGUCUGCCUCGUCGAGUCCCCAGCAUGGGGAAAGAACAAAGAAGAUGGGUAAAGAGAUGUUCAAGGAUUUCCAGCUGGCGAAGCCUCCAGCGAUGCCGUCCAAGAAGGCCGAGCAGCCUAGCUUAGCGGGGACCUCAGAGGCAUUCACCUCCUAUUUCAGCCGUGUGGGCACCGCCCAAGAUACGGACGACUGUGAUGACUUCGACAUUUCCCAGAUGAAUCUUACGCCUGUCACGUCCACCACACCAUCCACCAACUCCCCACCAACACCAGCUCCUCGCCAGAGCUCCCCAUCCAAGUCCUCAGCCUCUCACGUCAGUGACCCCCCCACCGACGCCACAGACCCACCGACAGACGACUCUUUUGGGGAGGUGGAGGGCAGUCCGAGUCGCAGCGUGGAGGAAGAUGCUGCAUGUGGCUUGGGGUCGCCCUGCCCUUGUGAGACAGCAGAGCCCAGCCAAGAACAGGCCCGUCCCGAGCCUGGAAGCUAGAUAGCAGCAGGGCAGGAUGGGGAAGGACCCUCUCUAUGCCCGCAUCAACAAAGGGAAGAAAUGACACGAUCCUGACCAGCACUGAGAGAGCCGGACAACCCUUUACCUCUGAGUGUGUGCUUGUGUUUGUGAACGUGAGUGUGUGCGUGCGUGUGUGUGGCUCAUCCUGGACAAGCCCUUCUUCUCCUGCUAACAACCUCCCAGGAGGACCCUCAACACUCCCACAGUCCUCCUCAAAUGUGGAGGAGAGGGAGCUCUCUGGGUCAUUGGCUCCAGGCAGGAGGAGCAUCAGUCACUCGGAGCGAUCCUCAUCUCCCUCCAGUGCACCGUCCCCUCCUCUCAUCUCCUCUCACACGGCCUUACCGACAGACCUUCUGCUUCCUUCCCUGUGCGUCCUCCCGCUCAUCCUGUCUGUCUGGUCAGAGACUGCUGCAUGAUGGGGGUAAAGUCGAGCAGUGCCUCCGUCUACCACACAGACCCGUGCUUUUCUUCUGCAUCUGUUGUGAGACGGUCUUCCCGGCCCGUGGUUUGGAACCCUGCGUCUGCUGGAUCACUAUGAGACAGACUCUCUGGGAGCCUCUCGUCCUCUGACAACACACAUGCAGACGUGGCCCAUCAUCCAUCAUGAACACUCUCAGUGAUUUGCCAAAUGUCUCCCUGCGUAUGCAGCCUGGAGGACAGGCGUGACCCUGAGACGGCAGACAAGUAACAGCUUCUGUGAUCAAACUGUUCAUUGUCUAGAGUUUUUGUACACUAAUUAAAAAAAUGAUCAAACUCAAGAACUGAAUUUUUAUUUUCUAAGUCAAUCAAGUCGCUGGGGUCAGCUCUUUUGGAGUGAACAUGGCUUUAAGGCAUCUGAAAGUUGGUUUGUCACAGUCGUUUUGUAAAUAUUGAUAACUGCGAGCAUUUUGUCCGACGGACUUCUGUGCCAUAAAAUGGGAAGGCUUCAUUUUUGCAAUCCUUGACGUUAACUUAAGCAAUACCAACAUGUUUUUGCCUCUAUUUAGUUGUUUUUCAUUUUGUAUGGACACCUCAUACACCAACCACUCAUAGUACCCUUUAAUGGAUCUGAGCUGCAUUUUCUCAAAUAACUUUCUCGUCCAAAAACAAAAUCAGCUUCUUCCUACACACAAUGUGCCACAGCUUUUGUAUCGCUAAACCAUUUCUAUGUUGCAGGCAGCAAACAAAGCACCAUUUCUGCUGCUCUCCACCAUCGGGGAUGCUCCUCCCGCUGGUCAGUCGGUUGUGCCAAACGCCACUUUUCUCUGCCACGGCCACAUUAACUGUGAUGCCAGUGACUCCCUGUUUUAUGGCCAGAGUCCUCUGAGUCACUCAGGAGCCCCUUUUGGACUGUGAGAUUGGCUAUCAUUAAAACUUUGACAUCUAGGAAAAGAGCAAAGAUUUUCAGAGAGGAACAGUUGUUGUUUGAGGACGUAACAUUUCUAGGCCUAUUUUAACCUUACCUCAGCUAACAGUUUCUUAAUGUAAGAUGACAUUAUUUUUAUCUUUAUGAAUAAGACAUUCUGACAAGGGUUUCUAGAUGAUUUGGGGGGUUUUGUUCUUUUUUGAUUAAAUCUUGAUUUAGGUUCUUUAUCAUGUAUUACCUGUUACAAAUAAACACAUCCCAAAUGA